CUUUUCAUUGAAUAUAUAUUCUACUCAUGAAGAACGAUCUAUCUGAGCAAACCGUACUUAUGCUUUUUCGUAAAAUGCUAAUUUUAUCGAAAACAGUACAAAUAUAGUAGAUAAAACAAAAACUAGUUAGAACUUUUAAUAAACUCCGGGAUUUUCUUCUCAUAUUUUUUUGUAAAAUAGAUGCUACAACACUGAAAAUAUCUUUCAUUGCUCUACUUGAUUUAUUGUUGUUUUAAUACGUUAUUUGUUAAAUAAUCACGGAUUGUUCCAAAAAAUCUAUUCCCAUCCUCCCAAUUUAUUCCCCUAACUAACAACUGAUAUACGUACAGAAUUAAACUAGAACUCUAGGUGUGAUUUAUCAUAAAAAUACUGUUAUUUGAAAUUUAUAUAUAUUCCAUAAUAUUAUAUAAAUAUCUUAUUUUGAGUCACUCUACUUCAAUGACUGUUGAUUUAAUACAGUAUUUGAUAAAUAAACACGAACUGUUACAAAAAGUCUACUUCCCUAACUUCCAAUUAGUACAUGUAAGAUUAUAAUAGGACUAGAUGUGAUUUAUAAUAAAUGACUAAUAGAAUUUAUUUAAAAUUUAUGUUACAUUAUAUGGUGACUAUAUAAAUAUCUUAUACCGUUAAAUUAGUUCACCGAUCGCUGUAUAAUGACACGUUUGCACGAUAUGUAUUAUGUUAUGUGUAAAAGAUGGUAGAUGUGUUAUAUAUAUACAUAUGUAUGUAGUUUGACGAAGAUGGCAGUUUAAACGAUAUUGACAAUGUUAUUUGGAUAACAGUAACAUUAUUAACAGAAAUGUCAUAAUUAAACUGGAGAGCUGUUGUAUAUUGACAUGAUUUAUUGUUAAACAACAAAUGGAAAUUACCUGACCUUUUUAAUAUAAGAGUGUACAAAUUUAUUUGCCAAAAAUUUUUGACGUUUUCUUACUUAAGUUAACAAUGGAUUUAAUUGAAAUGCAACGAUACGAUAUUCUCAUCCAAGAAAUAGAAGGCAUAGACGAUUACUUGGGACCAACUUUUCGAGCAAUUUACGAUGGCCACGAACAUCAGAAGUUCAUGGAAAAACUUGAUGAGCGUAUCAAGGCACAUGACAAAGAUAUCGAAAGAAUGUGCAAUCAUCAUUAUCAAGGUUUUAUUGAUUCAAUCAGAGAACUUCUGCAAGUUCGAUCUCAAGCGCAACAGCUUAAUGCUGAAAUACUGGAACUUGAUAAACGUAUUACUGCCACUGCUACCAAAGUAAUAGAGAAAGGAGAAGAACUUGUUAAAGCACGCAAAGUAGAAAGCAACAUGGCUGCUGCAGUGGAUAGUCUUACUAUGUGUCUUCCUGUUUUAGCUGCCUAUGCAAAGUUGCAAAAACAGUUGAAAGACAAGCGUUAUUAUCCAGCUUUAAGAACAUUGGAGCAGCUAGAGCAUCAUGACUUACCAAAAGUAACAAAUUACAGAUUUUCUUCACAAAUUACUCAACAAAUCCCGCAACUACGUGAAAAUAUAAAGGAUGCUUCCAUGUCUGAUUUAAGAGACUUUUUAGAAAAUAUUAGGAAAUAUUCACCAAAAAUUGGUGAAGUUGCCAUGAGACAUACACAAGAACAAUUAACUGUUGAAGCAGAAAUUAUUGGUAGAAAGAAGAGGAGAUCUCAUACAACAAAUUCCUUAUCAAAUGAGUCAGAAGAAGAAUUAAGUGCUCAAGACUUAAUGGAUUUCAGUCCCGUUUAUCGCUGUAUGCAUAUUUAUACCGUGCUUCGUGAAGGGGAAACGUUUAAAGCAUACUAUAGACAGCAAAGAAAGCAGCAAGCUAGAUUAGUUUUACAAUCGCCUAUUAAUAUGCAUGAGAGUAUAACUGGUUAUCAAACAUAUUUACAAGGCAUAGUAGGAUUUUUUGUAGUAGAAGAUCAUAUUUUAAAUACCGGAAAUGGUCUAGCCACACGCGCUUAUUUAGACGAGCUAUGGCAAAUGGCACUAUCAAAAAUCGUGAAUGCAUUGCGCACCCAUUCCGCCUAUUGCACGGAUGCUACACUCAUCCUAAAAAUAAAAAAUCUUAUAAUGCUAUUUAAUACAACAUUAAGGAAUUAUGGCUAUUCUGUAGGACAACUUUGGGAUUUAUUACAAGAAAUUCGAGUGCAUUAUAAUGAAGUUCUAAUGCAACAUUGGGUUCAAGUGUUUAGAGACAUUUUGGAUGAAGAUAGUUUCUUACCAAUUCAGGUCACAACGCAAGAAGAAUAUGAUAAUGUUCUUGGUUUGUUUCCGUACCAUGACGAGGAAUUACAAAAAGUAGAUUUUCCAAAAAAAUUUCCAUUCUCGGAUAUGGUACCAAAAGUCUAUCAACAAGUAAAGGAAUUCAUUUAUGCUUGUUUAAAGUUUUCGGAAGACUUAAAUUUCACUCAAACGGAAAUAGAUGAAAUGAUUUGCAAGUCGACAAAUUUAUUACUAACGAGAACAUUUAGUGGAUGCUUGUCGUCAUUAUUUCGAAAACCAUCAUUGGCUCUUCUACAAGUUGUUCAAAUUAUAAUAAAUACUGGUUAUCUUGAAAAAUCUACGAAAUAUUUGGAAGAAUUUAUGUCUAAUAUUACAGGAACACCACAUGAAGGACAGUUGAGUUGUAUGGGUGUUGAAUCAGCUAUGUUUAGAGUUGCAAGGGACGAUGCUGAAAAACAAAUCUGCGAGAAAUUAAAGAAUAAACUUGAUGAAUUUUUAGAAUUAGAAAACUACGAUUGGAAUUUGGCAGAACCUCAAGGGCACGCGUCUGGCUUUAUUACCGAUCUCAUAGCGUUUUUGCAAAGUACUUUUACUUGUUUUACCAAUUUACCGGAUGAGGUUGCGCAAGUUGCGUGUCAAUCUGCCUGUUCUCAUAUAGCGAAAUCUAUACUAGGAAUAAUAAUUAGUGAUGAUGUGAAACAAAUAUCUAUGGGUGCUCUUCAACAAGUCAAUUUAGAUACAAUACAAUGCGAACAAUUUGCUGCCUCGGAACCUGUUUCUGGUUUACCCGAAGGUAUCCUACUUCAAUAUUUUGCACAAUUAAGACAAUUACUAGACUUAUUUAUGAGUUGGGACUGGCCUACUUAUUUUCACGACUAUGGCCAUGAAUCAAGUAAAUAUCAUCUGGUAUCUCCAAACAUGGCUGUACUUUUGUUAGAGAAAUUAAAAGAAUCUGACAAAAAGACAGUAUUUUCUGUAUUAAAGAAAAGUGAGCGGGAUAAAAAAAAGCUUCUAGAGACUGUGUUGAAACAGUUACGUCAAUUAGCACAAACUACACAACAGUAAAUGAAGAUAAAGUUAGUAUGUACAUACCUCAGGAAGAGAUUGUAAAUACAUAAUUUUUAAUAUAUAUAAAUAUGCUUACAGCAUAAUUAUUUAGAAACAUAUUAUAAUAAAAUGAUUGUGACAAAA